AUGGUAGCCGUUCCAACCCACGGGUCCAGAUUCUAUGCUGCUGUCAUGCAGUUUUUUGUCGCUCUAGCCGUUAGCUCGCUGUCCGGGGAUGCCCUGCUGCAUCUUCUACCUGAGGCUCUUGGUAUCCAUGACAUCCAAAAGACGGAAGACCAACCAAACCACACAUUCAUCAUUCUCACCGUCAUCUUAGCUGUCUACUUCUUCUUCAUCUUCGAGCGGGUGAUGUCGCUGUGUCUUAAAGAAAAACCGUACGGACACGGCCAUGUGCAUUCCCGGCCUCGGCGAGAGACUUUCGUUGAUGAGAAUAGCUGUGACAUGCACGCUGAUGCAAUGAUGGCAGUCGCCAUGGAGAACCAAGAUGACAAGAAGACAAAUGAAACUGACGAUGGACAGCAAGACGAUAAGGAGGUGGAAGAAGAAAUAUCCACGGAAAAGAAAAUGGACAAAGAAGAGGAAGUUUCCAAAGUCCAAAAACCACAACCAAGAAUAUUUGGUCUGAAUAUGCUGUCGAUCAUGGUGUUGAUCGGAGACGCAGUUCAUAACGUCACCGAUGGUAUCACCAUUGGUGUCUCUUUCGUCAAAGGUCCGUUCGUUGGUGCAUCGACAACCAUCGCUGUCUUCUUCCACGAGGUUCCGCACGAAGUUGGUGAUUUUGCUGUGAUGCUUCGGAAUGGUGUUUCAUUUCGGAAGGCCAUGGUGUGCAGUCUGCUCAGUAAUUUAGCAGGAUUCGCUGGGCUGUACGCCGGGCUCCUUCUGGGCAGCGAAAACGUGGUUCAGAGGUGGAUCUUCGCCGCUACAGCGGGGAUGUUCCUCUAUAUAGCAUUAGUCAGCCUGGUUCCAGAGAUGAACCAACAGGCAGAGGAGGCUGAUCACAAGCCCUGGAGGGUUUUCCUCAGGCAUAACAUCGGUCUACUACUGGGUUGGGCCAUCAUGUUGGCUCUUGGGGUAUUCGAGUAGAACACUGAGAAUUUAUGUUAGACGUGCAUUAGGCUGAACAAGUACUUGACGAAGUAGACCAUUUUAACAGAGCUGAUUGAGGUUAAAGCGGCAUUCUUUUCAAACUGAAUGACAACAGAGUUCGUGCAUUCCGGUUUACAGUGAAAGAAAUCGCUUAUUGUUUUAGUACUAGAUUCUAAACAUCUCGUUGGAUUCAUUUCGUCCAGAAUGGACGGGAAAGUGUAAAUGCAACGACUCGAGAAGAAGUCGAAAAUGGGAAAACUAUUGUUUGUACACACAAAGGCAUCGAGGGAGAAGGGGGCAAGUGAAAAUAAAAAAGAAAAAAAUUGAAAAAAGCGACAGAAAUGAGCGAUGAAAGAGGAUUAAAAUCGCCAAUUUG